GGCCUUCUAGUGGGGCUAGAAGCACAUUGAUUCCAAAGAAACUAGAGAAAAUUCAAACCAAUGCUUCAAGGAACAAGAACCUGAACCUGACCUAUUCUGGGCUGAAAGCCCAGACGGGUACAGCUUCAAGUGAGCUAGCUUUCAAGGAUUAUGAAACAAUGCAAAGGAUCAAGCCAUUGAACUACUGGAAUACAAAAAGAAACAGUUUGAAUAAAAUGAAUCGGCUGAAUACCUACAGUAGUUUGGGUAGGAAUCAAAGGCUAAAGUAUAAAAUGAAGGAAUUUUCUAAGGAAUCUUUCCAAAAGAGGCAUAGCAAGCGUCACGGAAGUCUUGGGAAGUCAUCCCCAACUCUUCCUGUGAAGACUGUCAUGUCUACACUUUGCUUGAAGAAAGGCCCCAAGAAAGUUAGCCGAGCUAAAAACUACCUGCAUGGUAUCCUACAAGCACAUCCAAAGGAGCAUGAAGAAGCUGCUCAGCUGAAAGUUAACUUUCCAAUUCCAGAGAUAAAUAUUGAGCCUCGAAAGGAUGACAGCGGGGAGAAGGGUAUCCAAUUCUGGUUCAAACGAGGCAAAGAAAUCAGUGAAAAGGAAGCAAUAGAGCCAGCCAUGGACGCUUACAUUCAGGGUCUGAUGGUAGAUGGCUCUCAUUGGCAAAGUUACCAUAACCUGGGCUGCUGUGCCAAGGACUUAGGAAAGAACCUGACUUCUAUGAGAUACUUUGAAGCUGCCCAUAAGAUCAACCCUUCAGGAGUAUUCACCAUUUACGCACUAGUCAUCAUGGAGCUUAGAUUGGGGAAUCUGAAUAUGUCAAUGAAAUAUAUCCAGAAGUUAAAAAUAUAAUUCAUGAGAAAAGUGAUGAAUUUCAUUUCCACUCCAAAAUGAGUCGCAAAACUCCGGAUGUUUGAGAUAUUAUCAGAAAGUCUCAGCAAGGUAAAACAAACUCACUGGAUGAAGAACAGUGGACUAAUUUGAUCUAUUUUGAAGCACUCUGUAGGAAGAUCAACGGUGAUCUGACUCAAGCUAACGACUUGUACCAUAAAUUUGCAGAAAAAGUUAAAAUUAAAGAAAAAGCUUUAGUCGUUAAAUAUACCAUUGGGUUACUGCUCAUUCCUACACUUGAGGAGAGAUCUGAGGUAUCUACUUUUGUUGAGAACCUAAAUGAUAUACUGGAUUUGUAUAAUAUCAGUAACGAGAGCUCUAAAAUUAAUCACUUUAUGUCACUGAUCCCGAGACUCUAAACAAGCCAUCUCCGAAUUCUCUCAAGAAGCGAGAUAAAAGUAAGAAGCAGAGCUCUAUGGUCAAGCAGAGGGCAAUAAAUUUUGAGGACUCUAAAUGUAGGGAAUUACUUCCAAAGAUCUUAAGGAGUCAGCCCCUUUCCAUCCUGAACUCAAUGGAACUGAGGGUUUUCACCAACGAUGUGGUUUUUACUGAGAAUAAAAAGGUCUACAUCAUUAUUUAUGGAGAUGUUAUCCUCAAAAAAUUUGAAUACAGCACCUUUCCUAAUAAAAUAAUGGCCUUGCUUAAACGAGGAGAUGUCAUUGGGUCGAAAUACGAGCCACAAACUACAACUUUUGAUAGCUGGGCGAUAGCCCGAGCUCCAACACUAGUAGCUGUAUUCUCAAGAGAGAGAUUCUCUCAAGUAUGGGAUAGCUAUCAGACCAAAGUGAGGCUGGUGCUCCAACCUCAUCUGAAGUGCAAUGAGUUGCUAAAGCACUGCUCUGAGCUGACUCUGUUUCAUAUUUACAAUUGAAUGCAAGUCGUUAACUUCCCGAAGGGAAGUUUAGUAUUGCCCCAAUCCAAAUAAAUCUAAAUUUAACACAACCUUCAAGGUGUUUUAUGACGAAUUUAAGCGGAAAAGAAUAGGAAUGAAGAAAUGGGAGAACCAAGGGCUACAAUCUCAAGCCUGUGCUUCUCCAUUGUUCUGGACAUUACCUGCUCAACCGAAGGAAUUUGAGAGUAAUACCCCUGUUAAAAGAUUUAUUGGUCAUAAAGAUACCACAGAGGAGAAAUUUGAGCAGCAUAUUUUUGAUCAAGAGCCAGAAGGGAUUUAUAUCAUCCAGGAAGGAACAUGAAAGAUUCUCAGUGCUCAUCCAUCCAGCUGUGAAGAUGGGAUCAAGCCUUUUAGCCUCAAAACUUUGAUCAAAGGGGACUUCUUUGGAGAGUCAGAGAUUUUCAAAAUUCCUGAUUUGUCCUAUUACGGGCAUAUUUAUGUGUCUCAAGGCAAGCUUUGUAUUGCUAAUUUGUAGAAUCUGACUGAAAGAUUAUAUUCAUUAGUUAUAAUGACUUUCCAAAAUGUGACUAUAUGAAUAGAAUGGAUACCUGAGCCUUUGAAAGUUUGAUUUACCCAGCUAAAAGCCAGAAUACCUCAUCUAAACUAAAGGUACUAACACAAGAAUGUUUUCGAGAAAAAGGAAGACCAGAGAGGAAAUUUACGGAGCCCCAAGUAACCCAAGGUUCAUGCUCUUUCAAGUCUUCCAGACAGCAUAACACAUUUAGUAGAAUCCCUCUGUAUGAACUGGAGGAGAUAAGGAACAGAUUCAUUGGGAAGAAUUCAGAAUAUCUCAGUCGGAACAACGUACUUGAGUAUUGAUUGAGACUGAUUAUUAAGAAGUAGUAAUAUUCAAUUUCACAAAAA